UUCUCGCUACUCCCCUACCACGGCGCAAAUAUUUCAUGAACUGCUUCGAUUAAUUGAGGAAAAACGGAUGAAGACGUCUAGUUCGUCGAACUUAUAAAUAUUUUCCUGUUUUCUUCUUAUCGAAACUAAUCUUAUUUUCUGGAUGUUGAUCAUCUGUAAGAUAAAGCCGAAGAUAUGUAUUCUAAAAUCAAAAAUCCCGCGUUUCCUUCGUUCGGUUUGGAUCGGCUUCGAUUAAAUAUAACGAAGCGUUGAUAAUUUUCAUAUUAGCUACUAGAUGGCGCAUAAUUCGAUGUAACGGACACUUUAAAUUUCCACGGUUUCUUUGUAACGAGAAGCGUUCCUUCAAUCAGUGCGCUUUUGAUCUGUAACUAGUGAAGCAAAGUUUUGUGUGUCUCCAAUUUCGUUCAUAUCUAUGCAAGAGAUUUAUUUCGAAAAUUCAUUGUAAUGGCUAAAUAUUGUCCACUGGAUUCUAUGUACUAAGAAAGAUAUAAUAGUUCAUUGUUUGAAGUAGUUUUUUCGGUAUUGUAUUCCUUCUACGAGCUAUUAUCUAUAUGCUAGACGCACAUUGAAAUAAUCCUUUUACUGUUAAUUUCCCUUUUGUCCUUGACAAUAAAAUGUCAUUUUUCUUAUAACGAUGCGAUGAAAAAGAAUGGUACUUUUUAUACAAAUGUUAGUUAUCAGUGCUUACUAAUUGAAAAUGUAAAUAGCUGAAUGCUAACAAGAAUACAGAAUAGACACGAUUUUUUGGUGUGUGACUUAUCAAAGGGCUUUGCUUCUUGGAUAUGAAGGGACAAGUACAAGCCGCACGGGAGAGGUUAGGUGGCUUUAGCAGUAACAGCUAUUAUUCUAGUUCGGCAGACCAUGUUUCUGAUAUUCAACGUAUCGUCCCAAUUUCCAAUUAUGAAUUGCAAUUAGAUGAUUCUGCAGUUGUAACAGAGGUCGAUAACAAAGUUAAAACAAAAUUGCUCUCUAUAUGGAAUAAUGUGAAAUAUGGAUGGACUGUAAAAAUAAAAACAAACUUUUCAAAAGAAUCUCCAGUAUGGUUGCUCGGACAGAGAUAUCCCAAACAGUUGGAAGAUACUCUAGAAAAAGCUUCCGAAGCUCUCUCUGGAUUGGGAACUGGAAGCGAAGUGUCAUUAGCAAUAGAUGCUGCUAGUUAUGAAGAAGGAAUCGAAGGAUUUAAGAGAGACUUCAUCUCUCGUCUAUGGUUAACUUAUAGAAGAGAAUUUCCAAAUUUAAGAGGAUCUACUUUUACUACAGAUUGUGGCUGGGGUUGUAUGCUACGUAGUGGACAAAUGAUGAUGGCGCAAGCAUUAGUUUAUCAUUUUCUAGGACGAGAUUGGAGGUGGUAUCCGGAUCAAACAAUUAAAACAGAUGAACAAAAGGAAGAAGAGAUGAAACAUCGUAUGAUUAUAAAAUGGUUUGGAGACCAGCCAGGACCUCAUUCUCCUCUUUCUAUUCAUAAACUAGUGUCACUUGGUGCACAAUCGGGGAAACAAGUAGGAGAUUGGUAUGGGCCUGGGUCAGUUGCACAUCUUUUAAGCCAAGCAGUAAAAUCUGCGGCUGAAACUCACAGGGAAUUUAGUAAUUUGUGCGUCUAUGUUGCUCAAGACUGUGCAGUCUAUUUGGAUGAUGUUAAAAAAUUAUGCGAAACUCCAAAUGAAUGCUGGAGGUCUCUUGUAUUACUAGUACCUUUAAGACUUGGUACUGAUAAGUUAAAUCCGACUUACAUACCAUGUUUGACAAGGUUGUUGGAGUUAGAAUUUUGCAUUGGUAUCAUUGGUGGACGUCCUAGACAUUCUCUUUAUUUCAUUGGUUAUCAAGAAGAUAAAUUGAUACAUUUAGAUCCACAUUAUUGUCAAGAAAGCGUAGAUAUGUCGAAAGAAACGUUUUCCUUAUCGACAUUCCAUUGUACCUCACCUAGAAAAAUGGUACUUUCCAAAAUGGAUCCUAGUUGUUGCAUUGGAUUUUACAUACACGAUAAAAAUUCCUUUGACGAAUUUGUAACUAAAAUCGAAAAUGUUCUGAUGCCGCAAACCCAGAAAACGGAUUAUCCAAUGUUUUUAUUUUGCGAAGGAAGUGGAGAGGAAUUACAAGAAAACAUAGAGGUCGGAGAAAAUCCAUUGCCGUCGACAACGCUAUUUGUACGACCUGGUGCAUUCGAAGAUCAUUAUGAGUUCGAGGAAUUUGAACUCAUAUGUAUAGAAAAUAAAAGCAAAUAGAAACUCAAUGUACUUAAAAAUACUAACAACGUAUUUCUUACACAAUGUACGUACUACGUUCGACAUUUGUAAUCCUUCGUUCAUUCGUCCAAUAUUCGUAAGUGAUAAAUUCAACAAUAUUAGAUUACUUAUAAAUCGAACACACAUACCGUUGUGUUUUAUUACAUAGUUAAGUGUUAUUAAGGUUUUAAAAUGUAAUGCGCCAAAACUUGUGGCGAAUUUUUGAGAAAGAUCUCAUAGUAUGUCAUAACGGGAGACUGAUGUAAAUGCGUUGACUAAUUAUUUCUAAGCGUGGAAAAGAAGUUUAAGCCGACCAUCUCUUCUGUGAUGGUUACGAUAACGAUGCAGUGAUCUUUAAUAAGUAUUAAACAAAGGCACAAUUUUUUUUACUUUGUUACGUGAUCUCAAAAUCAUUGCUUCCUUUUUGUUUUCGUUCUUUCUUUUUCCUUUUUUUGCAACGAAGGUAGAACUUAAUUUUGUAGGAAAAUUAUGGUUAUCGAAGCUGUAUUAAAUAUAUGAGAGAAUAUUUAUUUGUUUCGUUCAUAUAAUAUAUAAGAUGAUAUCUCACUUGCGUAGAUCGCAAGUACGAAUACAUUUUGCUAUUAAUAGCAAUUUGUAUGCAUAAGCGUUUCUCAAUUUCUUGAGUAAACUGUUCCUGUAAAAUACAACACAAGAAAUAUACAUAUAUAACAUUAGCUUCUAAGUCUACACAAGUAAAUACACUUGUCUAUAUGAGUGAUUUAUUUGUUAUGUAUGAUUUUAUUGUUUUUAUCUUUUUUUUAUAGAUUAUUAAAUAAUUUCUCCAACACCAAUAUUUAAAACUAUUUAUUUAUUUAUUUAUUUAUUCCAACAUUGGGAAUAAUAUAAUUAAUGAUUAACAAUUAUUAUUAAAAUCAAACUAUUGAAUAAUUUAUAGCGUGUCUUUGAAGUAGUCUGUCUGAUUUACAAAAUAUCUAGAAAGAAACUCAUCAAUAAUUGAGAGACUUUAACUUUAAUGAACCUAUUCCAUAUAUUUAUUUUCUAUAAUUCCGUUAUUCGUUAAUUGAAUUAAAAACUGGCUUAUGCCGAUUCAUAAUAAUUAAUCUAUGUAUAGCACUAGUUUUAAGUUUUCAUUAAGAUUUUGCACGUAUCACAUUUCGGUAUAUAAAUUAAGUAAUUACGUUAUGGAAAAUAAAUGAUGUAUCACGAGAGUUUGUUGAUCUUUUAUAAUGUUGAGAUAAUGGUUGAGAAAGAGAAAGAGAAAUUGUACGCGAGAUUAUAGAAACUGUGUGCAUGGGAUAUAUAUACAUAUAUAUUACACUGUUGAAUAUAUAUAUUCAUUGGAAAUGAUUUGUUAAGAAGAUUAUAAAUAAAAUUGAGCGAGACAUAUAAA